UGCAUUGUUUCAACAUUGCGCAUUACAAAAAUGUUACGUGUUAUAUAAUAUAUGCAGUUAUAAUUUUGUGGUGCAAAAUUGUGAGAUAUUAUUUAGAUAUAAAUUGUAGAAUCAAUCUGAACAUGUUUGCCAACAAAUAUUACGAAAGCGAUAUAAAGUAUACCUUCGAAAUAAAUCGCUUCUUCUUCCGUCUAAUAGGUAUGUGGCCAUUUCCGCGCAUGAAUUCCUUUAUUCCCGAGAUAAUGGAGACAGUUUUGUUGGUCAUCGCGUGCUUUACUCUUCUCCUUUCUGAAUUAGUGCCGACCAUGAUUUACGUAUUCAUAGUCCUGAAAGACAUUCGUUUGAGACUUAAAGUUAUAGGCAGUGUGUUAUUCACUAUAAUAACUACUGUCAAGUACGCAUAUGUAUUGUUUUACAAGAAUCAAAUCAAAAAUUGUUUGAAGCUAGUUGAUGAGGAUUGGCAAAAUGUUAUCAACUCAAGUGCUCGCAAUUUAAUGAUCGAUAGAGUAAAAAUUGGUAGACGUUUAAUUAUAAUGUGCGCCGUAUUCGUGUAUAUAAACGGCGUAGCUAUGCGAAUUAUUAUGCCGCUAUCAAGUGGAAAGAUCAUCACCCCUCAGAAUGUCACAAUCAGACCUCUCCCAUCCGUAGCAUAUUUUGUUAUCUUUGAUGUGCAACGCAGUCCGGCUUAUGAAAUCGUAUUUUUUCUACAAUCCUUUACGGGAGUUAUAAAAUAUACAGUUACAGUUGCAACUUUCGGCUUUAUAACUCUCUGUGUGAUGCAUUUUUGUGCGCAGUUGGAUAUAUUAGUGACAUUAAUGAAUAACUUUGUAAAUGAACACCAAGAGGAACAUUUAAGAAAAAGGUUGGCUGUUAUCGUGGAACAUCAAAUUAAGACUCGGAAUUUUUUACGUUUGGUACAGAAUGUUACUCAAUAUCCAAGUUUAAUAGAAAUUACGGGCUCUAGUAUACUGAUAUGCUUCGGGGGAUAUUACAUUAUCAUGGAAUGGGAAAAUCAUAAUGCUAUACGUUUAUGCACGUAUAUCAUUGCAGUAGUGAUGAUUUUAUUCAAUGUAUUUAUCUAUUGCUAUAUGGGCGAGCAAGUCGUCGAAGAGGAAAAGAAAAUAGCAUUAAGAUUGUGCACAUUAGAAUGGUAUCGUCUUCCGGAUGAAAAAGCAAAAACAUUGAUUUUAAUCAUGGCUAUCUCAAACACUUCACUAAGUUUAAAAGCAGGAAAAUUUAUCGAUCUUUCUCUCAAAACGUUCGGCAAUGUCGUUAAGAUGGCAGUUACAUAUUUAAAUCUCCUUCGAUCAUUUGAAUGAAUUUUAAGAAUUAGUCGUAAAUACAUACAUA